UUGCAAUUCCCUAAUGCGCAUACAUUACGAAAUACCAACGAAAGAGCAAAGACGACAUUCAAAGGGAAAACAGCUGUUUUCUCGAAUUAUACGUCAGGGGGGGAAUGGAUAAAGAUACAGAUAAAGCAAAUGAUGCCGUUGCCGGUUGAUUGUGAGAUUGUUUAGAAUUUUCUGUUAAAAAUCGAGUGUAAAAAGUGUGUGUAUAAAUAAAACAACAUAUAAAAAUGGAGCCUGGAACUGAUGCCGAUAAUUUGUUGAAGCUAAUUAAACGCCUGCUGUUGGAACAAGCCUACGAUGGCAUUAAAAUGCUAUUUCAGAGUCCCAACGAAUCCGAAAAGAAUUUGCGACACUUGCCCGCAAUUUCCAUGGAUCUUUAUUGUGAUGUGUGUGCUCCGAGUUUAACGGACGACACGAAUGUGGAGAACUCGGAACUGUUUGACUGCGUUAAUGAGCUGCUCAAGAUUGUGGCGGAAUAUGCACCGUUAGAGCAGUUUAUGCUUGAGGUGAUGGAGAAAAUCGAGGAGUCCACCAGUAUUGCCAUCUUCUCGGCAUACCUACGUGCGCUGCAGGUGGUGCUGUUGCGUCAGGGGGACGCCAAACCACAGGCUGUCGAGUGGUGUCUCUGCUCGGUGGUUACGAGGAUGCGGGAUCUGCCACUGCCCGAUUACCUGAGCGAGGGCUACGAUCAGCAGCAGGCACUGUUGCUGGAGCAGGAGCAACAGAUUGAGGAUCUCAUGGCACACUACAUCACCAUUGAUUUGUGCUACGAGCCGCUGCUCCGGAACAUUCUCGAGCAGGAGAAACCCAAUGUGAUCUUUCGGGAUUGCAGCUUGAAUCGUCGCAAUGUCUUCACCUGCUCCCUGGUGCAGCUGAUGGACAAGCCGCUGGCGCUGCUGGAGCUGAGCAAUGAGAUGAAUCCAUAUCUGAUGCCCGGACAAAUCCAUUCGUGCCGUCCAUGUCCCAAGCGUCGUCGACCGGAGCACACGCAGAGCAACUAUUUGCUGGCACGUGCGAACGCUGGACGGGCACAGACCUAUGUGCAGCAGGUGGUGCAGAGUCUAACCCAGCACAUUACAAGGCUUAUUGGGGAUCCUUACUAUCUGCUCGGUUUGGUGGAGCAACGCACGCGCUGGAAGCGACGCCUGGACGCCUCCAAGGGUGUCUACGAGAUGAGCAGCCACAAUAUAUUCCUGAUCGAUGAGAAACUGCCGCUGCCCGCUCUGGCCAUGUACUAUCAUGCUCUGUUUGUGGCCCAACUGUUGCCCACGACGGCUCCCAAGAUCUAUGCUCCAUUGUUCCUCUUCGAGUCGAGUCUGUAUCUGGUGGCUGUGCUGCUGGAGCAGUCGGAGCCGCCGUUGCAGCAUUGUGGUCUCCGAUUAAACGAUUACAUGCUGAGCAUCCUCAAUGAACCGGUGCCACAGAGCUCAUUGGAUCUGGAGGUGCACAAGCGGUACUGCGAGGCGCUCUGCAAAAUUACGGGCUACUCGCCGCAGGAGGCACUGCGUCAGAAGGCGCUCCAGACACUGCACCAUUACAUCAUGGCCUUUGAUGAUGAUGCCAAGUAUUUUGUGCUGCGAAAUCUGUUGGCCACACUGCAACACGAUGGAAUCUUGGGCUAUUUGGGUGGCAUUUACAAGGAUCUGGUGGCGGGUGCACUGCAGCGUCAGGCGCCGCUCCACGACGUCUACAGCGGCGUCCAGUUCCGGUCGAUGCUGCUGCAGUGCGUCUGUGUGCUGCCCGAGGAUGUGAAAUCGGAUCUGUUGCUGCACUCGACCAGUUUAUCGAAUGCCAUCAACAUUCUGCGAUUCUUUGCACUCGGCGACAUGGAGAACCGAACGGGAUUCUGGGAUGUGUUGCCGGAGAUUGAGGAACGCCUGUUGGCUCCACUGGGGAAGGCCUUGAACUUCUCUCUGGCUCACUACAGAGCGUACAGGGAGCGUGUGACGAAUGGCCAAAGUGCCUCCGAUGAUGAACUGAUGCAGAAGCAACUCAACAUGCUGGCCGUGAACAUCAGCAACAGUGGCAUGGCCGGAGAUGGCGAUGCCGAUGGCCAGUUGCCGGACAUUGGACGCGAGGAGAAGCUCGAGGUCUUGGCCGGAUCCAUAACGGGAUUGGAAACGUUGCGCAAUGUCUAUUUGCGUGCCUGCGAGAUUCUUGAACAAAACCAAAGCAGACGCAAACAAAUCCAAGCUAAACCCGUUGCCAUGGAACUGGAACUGGAGCAUCAUUAGAUUCAAUUAUUGUAUUUUCAAUUUCAUCCCACUCCAAAAAAAAAAAAAAAACAAUAACAAAAGGAACUUGACAUGUAUAUUUCUAUGUUUAUUACUAAAGUAAAAUGAAUACAAACAUUUUGUGACUA